GGAGCGGGAAUGCGCAGCGUCAUGUUGUCGGAAGACCCCUCGGUUCACUGAAUGGAUUGAACCAGCGGUCUUCGGCAGCGCGCACGCCUGCGCUAUCUGUCACACGGCACGCGGCGGCACGACUGAUAAAUAUUUGUCGCCGGUUGUUGGGAACCAGUUGGACUAAAAGGAUUCGGUUUGCCAUCUCUUCUAUUAAAUCAUAUCCCAAAAGUGCGGAGUUUAUGAUUGGGGAAAUAAACCGUAGGACAUUACAGGGAAGCGUGCGGACUAGAGAAGAGUUUUUGGUUAACGACAUCAUAUUUUCUGGUGCUGUAGGAAUGGUGUUUGUCGAGGAGGCCUUGAUGAUGACUGACAUGAAUCAUCUCACUGAAUGAGUGACCCCUGGAAAGGACCGAUUCCUCAUUCAAAAUGAUGAUGCAUAAGCAAUCAGCCCGUACCUCCCCGGGCAGCGUUUGUUCUCUCCAUGGAGGGGCAGUACCUGGAUCCCCAGCCAUCACUAUUGUGACCAAAAUGGACCAUCAAGUUAUCGGGUAUAAAGAUCUAGCGGCUAUUCCUAAAGACAAAGCUAUUCUAGACAUAGAGAGACCAGACCGUAUGAUGUACCAGCCGCACUUCAAUUAUUCAACAAUGGAUCGUUCAGAGAGGUCAUUAUCUCCUCAUUCUAUCUCUCCUCCUCCCUCUCCAGAGAACAGACUAUCAAAGGACGCACAGGAUUGGUCAGAGCACAAAUCUUCUGGCAGCACAUCUCCUGCCUCCACGCAGCUGCUGAGCAAAAGCAUCACCAUCAGCACAAAAGCCCCACACCAGCAGCAGCACUUUCACAGACCAGAUAAUAGAACUAACAUAUACAGGAAGCCACCUAUAUAUAAACAAGACGUUUUGUCAUCUGUUCCACAUGGUAAACACAUUGAGGAUCUCAUUAUCGAAUCAUCAAAGUUUCCCGCCGCUCAGCCUCCAGACCCCAACCAGCCCUCAAAGAUAGAGACAGACUACUGGCCCUGCCCACCCUCACUGGCUGUUAUAGAGACGGAACGCAGAAAGAAAACAACAUCGGAGACAGCGGAGGCAGAAGAGGAUGAGGAAGAUGAUACCUAUGAUGACAGCGAUCGGUCAGAUGACAUGUGGAGACUCAGACAAAUGCAAAAACAAGAACUCAACAAGAUUCAGUCUAAUCUUGGAAAACUGAUACUAAAAGAGGAGAACGAGACAUCAGCACCUAUCCACAGGAAAACACGGUCUCUUCCUGACAGGACUCAUACGCAUCUGUGCUCUAAAUCCCCCUCAUUUACAUCCUACACAAAUAUUGGCCUUACAAGGCUCCGGUCUGCAGAGUUCUCAUCUUCGAACAAUGAUAAAGGAAGUCAAAAUUUUCAGGUAAGUGAUACUUUACAUUACAGUAAUGGAGAAGCUCAAAGCAGACGUAUAGAUAGAGGCAAUUCACUCCCCACUAUGCUGGAACAAAAGAUUUAUCCAUAUGAGAUGCUCAUCAUAACCCACAAAGGCAGAAAUACACUCCCACCUGGUGUAGACAGAACACGGUUGGAGAAGCAUCUUUCACCUGAUGAAUUCCAGCAUGUCUUUGGAAUGUCAAUCGAGGAAUUUGACAGCCUUUCUCUAUGGAAGAGAAACGACCUGAAGAGAAAAGUGUCUCUCUUCUAGUAUAGUCAGAGAAAAAAGAUCUCUCACAAACAAUGUCACGUUUGCACUUGUGAAGACACUUACAACAGAAGUCACAGUAGAAUACAAAGGAAAGAUGAGGGGAAUGGGAUUAUGGAGCCAGCAAAGAAAGAAAUUAGUGAUCCUUAACUUUGACAAGUCCCAUUUCCUAUUGCAGCUAUCUCAAACAAUCAUAUCUGUAACUUUGAUAUCCCUUUACCAGUCCCAGCUACUAUGUCGGGACACCAGCAGGGAUACAAAGUUUGCAAGUUCUCUUCUGUGUGUGCUUAGUAAAGCUAAAAUAAUAUACACAGAUAUUAAUGCUGCCAGUAGAUGUGAAUUGCACCGGUAAUUUAGCAGACCAAAGUACUUCAGAUACUAGUUCACACAAACGUCCAGACGGACCAGAAAAAAAUCACUGCCACACUUUAAAACCAUUAUGUGCUAAACAUGAAUUAAGUAAAUUAAGCGAAGACUCAAAUUAAGCGAAGACUUUAGACGGACAAAUUGCACAACCUCAUUCCCUCCACGUCAGACGCAUCAUACAAAUGGAAAAACCAGCAAAACUAUAUAUGGCAACAAUUACCAUGGCAACAGCUGAUGAUAGUGGGUGAAAGUUUGCUGUUCCAAAGAUAGCUACUGUAUAUUAGUAAGAGUUACUGAAUGUUAGAUAUGACACACCUGCAUGGCAAAUGUAUUACCUGCUUUUAUUUGAAUGAUGAUUGAUAGUGAAUACUAGUGUGUUUGGUGAACACUUCUCUACAACAGAAUGUAUUGAUCCAAAAGUUUCAGUUCAGUUUCAUUGCCUUUAUUCUCUUGUUUUUUCUCCCUUUCUCCUAUUUGCUGCUAUGGCCUUUUAAAGCACCUUUACCAUUUUUGGUUCUUUCCUAUUUUCUUCUUGAUAAGUAAAGAUUUGUUUAGUGUUCCUGUUUUAAAGGAUAAGGAAAAAUCAGGAUAUAAAGGGAUUUCAGAUUGCGCAUGAUGGUUUGCCUUCGGUAGAUAAUUAUUUUAUUUAGAAUGUUGAAUGUGGAAGAAAAAUGGGGGACGUUUCUGUCUUCCAUGAAACACAUGCUAUUGCUAUUAUUUGGCUAUAAGAAUAUAGAAUAGAAGUCAUACAGACUAUACAAUUUUAUGGUGCUUGUUCUCUAUGGAGAACAGCUCCUGAUCCCCAUUUUAUUAAAAAUAACUGAGUGAAAGAAAUGGAAGAUCUUAAAAUCUGCUUCAAGGAUUCUUAAGAGCAAGUAGAACGCUCCGAUAGAUUGCAUGUAUUGUACUUUCAGAACAGAAAGAAAAUAUGUGAUAAUAACUAAAAUCACUUAACCAACAAACAUAUCAAAUUGAAGAUAUAGAACAAUACACAUAGACAUUAAACAUUUAGUUUUAAGAAGCAGUGCUCACACAGAGCAUGAAAUACAAUACGUGCCUGGAGAGAUGGCUGUUGUUAUAAUACUGAAUUGUCUGUAGUUUUAAUAGGAUGGUGCCAUCUAUUCACUCUUCAAGAGAAAACAAUCAUCUAAGCAGAUAAAACUACACCAACUCUUUAACACAAAUAUUUUAUUUUUAUGCCUUACACAUCUGCUGUUUAGAAUAUCUUGUAAGGAGCACAAACUAGUUUAACAUACUCAUCACAAUACUCAAAUAUAAUACAAUUAUUAUACUUGUCAAUCAUAAUGUAUUUCAGUGGCAGCUUUUAAUUGUGUUUAUGGUCUGAAAAUAUUUGUGGCUUUUGAAGUGAUAGCACGCAGGUUUCCUGAAUUUGUUUGGAAUUUGGUUUGAGAAGGGCACUUAAGACCAGAUCCUAAAGCACUUGAUUCACUCAUUUACUUAAAGGACUAAAAGUGAGAAAACAGGCUUAUGUGUUCCAAAAAUGUUCCAAUGAUUAACAUAGACAUGCUUAUCUUCUCAGAUUCACGAAUAGUGCUUUUUUCCCUUUUUAUGUGAAAGUGUGGUGAAUGGAAAAUAAACAGAAUUUACUUAAAUGAG